CGGGCUGCGUGCGCAAACAGGGCGUCCGCCUCCUGGGCCCGGAGAACGGCAAGUGAGACGCUGGUUCUGAGGGAGCACUAUGGCACUGUUUCUGGAGGCCAAGAAUGCCCAUUCGGUCCUGAAACGAUUUCCUCGUGCCAAUGAGUUCCUGGAGGAGCUGCGCCAGGGUACCAUCGAGCGGGAGUGUAUGGAGGAGAUCUGCAGCUACGAGGAGGUCAAGGAGGUGUUUGAGGACAAAGAGAAAACGAUGGAGUUCUGGAAGGGAUACCCUAAUGCAGUCUACUCUGUCCGAGACCCUGCACAGAGCUCAGAUGCCAUGUAUGUGGUGGUGCCUCUUCUGGGGGUGGCGUUGCUGAUUGUCAUCGCCUUGUUUAUCAUCUGGAGGUGCCAGCUGCAGAAAGCCACCCGUCACCACCCUUCAUAUGCUCAGAACCGGUACCUAGCAAGUCGCGGCGGGCACAGCCUGCCCCGGGUCAUGGUGUACCGGGGCACUGUGCAUAGUCAGGGGGAGUCCUCUGGGCACCGGGAGGCAGGGAGCAACCCGCAGGUGGUGCUGGGGCCCAGUCGGGGGAGCAGAACCACAGUCCGCCUUGAGAGCACCCUCUACCUUCCUGAGCUCUCUCUCUCUAGACUGUCCAGUGCCACUCCUCCCCCAUCCUAUGAGGAGGUGACUGCACCCCAGGAGAGCAGCAGUGAGGAGGCAAGUGUCACUUACAGUGACCCACCCCCAAAGUAUGAGGAGAUAGUGGCUGCCAACCCUGGCUCAGACAAGUAAUGGGACUUGUGAAAGAGGUAUGAAAACCUCUUUCAGGGGUCUCCUAUUUUCUUUUUAACUUUUUAAAGACUGUGCCACCACAAAACAGCCUUAGCCUCCUUGUUGCCAAAUAAUUUCCUAACCGUGGAUUUGUAGGAAGUCAGUUGUCAGGUGGAGGGGUGUAGGGAGCACACAUGCCCCUGGAAAGAGCUACAGGUCAGAGAGCCCAGCUCUUCCAGAAGCCCCCUAUAUCCCUCCAUCCUGUCCUUCUGUCAGGG